CUCAUGGACGACGGGCAGUUAAAGAACCAUUCGUUACAAUAGAAUAAGAAGGUAAAGGAGACUUAAAUGGUUACUAGAUAAACCACGCGUUCCUGAAAUUUGAGUUUGUGGCUGCACCGCAAACUAAAUUAAAAAAUUUAUGUUAUUGUAAAUAUUAGUGAUUAAAUAAUGGAAGAAAGUAAUUCAGCAAAUAACUCAGCACAGGAAGAAGACGAAGAAAAUGUUGAAGCGGCAUCUUGGAAAGAUUUGGGAAUUGUAGAUGUAUUAUGUAAAGCAUGUGAAGAUCUAAAAUGGAAAUCACCUACAAAAAUUCAAUGUGAGGCUAUUCCAUUAGCACUACAAGGUAAAGAUAUAAUAGGAUUGGCAGAAACUGGAUCUGGCAAAACAGCUGCUUUUGCACUUCCUAUAUUGCAAGCAUUGUUAGAAAAUCCACAAAGAUAUUUUGCUUUAAUUUUAACACCUACUAGAGAAUUGGCAUUUCAGAUAUCAGAACAGUUUGAAGCUUUAGGAUCAAGUAUUGGUGUAAAAUGUGCGGUAAUAGUGGGAGGAAUGGACAUGAUGUCUCAAGCACUUCUGUUAGCAAAAAAACCACAUGUUUUAAUUGCCACUCCUGGAAGGUUGGUUGAUCAUUUGGAAAACACUAAGGGUUUUAAUUUACGGUCAUUAAAAUUUUUGGUUAUGGAUGAAGCAGAUCGUAUUUUAAAUAUGGAUUUUGAAGUUGAAGUAGACAAAAUUCUAAGGGUAAUACCCAAAGAAAGGCGGACACUGUUGUUUUCUGCAACAAUGACAAAGAAGGUUCAAAAACUUCAACGAGCAUCUUUGCAAAAUCCAGUUAGAGUGGAAGUUUCAACAAAAUACCAAACAGUUGAAAAAUUACAACAAUAUUAUAUAUUUAUACCAGUGAAAUUCAAGGACGUGUAUUUAGUACAUAUACUAAAUGAACUAGCAGGCAAUAGUUUUAUGAUUUUCUGUGCAACUUGUAAUAAUACAGUCAGGACUGCUCUUCUUUUACGAAAUUUGGGCUUUACAGCAGUUCCAUUACACGGACAAAUGUCGCAAAAUAAAAGGAUAGCUGCUCUUACUAAAUUUAAAGCAAAAAAUCGGUCUAUACUUAUUUCUACAGAUGUUGCCAGCAGGGGUCUUGAUAUUCCUCACGUAGAUAUCGUAAUAAAUUUCGAUAUACCUACGCACAGCAAAGAUUAUAUACACAGAGUUGGUCGUACUGCACGAGCUGGUCGUUCCGGUCGUUCCAUUACAUUCGUAACGCAAUACGACGUAGAAUUGUAUCAAAGAAUUGAACAAUUGAUAUCAAAACAAUUACCUUUAUAUCCUACGGUAGAAGAAGAAGUAAUGGUACUUCAAGAGAGGGUAGCCGAGGCGCAACGUAUCGCAAAAAUGGAAAUGAAAGAUAUCGAAGAUAAUAAAAAAUCAGGCAAAAGAAAGAAGGGUGCAGACAACAAUGAAGAUGAUGAUACGGAACAAUCUAUUGGAGUUAGGAAAAGAAUAAAAGGCAAAAAAAUGGGAAAGAAGGGUUGAUCUAUUUUUUUCUUAUUCAAUAUGUUUGUUAAAUCUUAAUAAAUAAUCUCAACACAGGAUAA